GCAACACCACGUAUCGUAUCGCCAAUUAGCCAAAGAUCAUCCAACUUACAUGGCGCUAGACGCCGUCGUUUUCCCUCGAGAUCCUUACACUUCUAACAAAGACAUUUACAACUUGUUAGUAGGCAGUUGGAGCUAUGAUGAUGACCAUGAAAAUCAUCACCAUCAGCAGCAGCUGCUGCAAGAAGCCUCUUUUGAUUUUCUCGGCAACCAAACAGACCACCAUUUUGCUAGUUACUGCUCAACCCCUUCAAUGGUUCCGCAUUUCGAUGAGCUGCAGCUCUCUAAUCCAAACCCAGAUGGGUUAACUGACUUUGAUCAAUCUCAGUUUCAAUGUCCAUCAGCGGAGGAUACAGGUCAGACGACCACCGCUCGUCCCAAACGACGGCGUGCCAAGAGUAAAAAGAACAGGGAGGAGAUCGAGAACCAGAGAAUGACGCACAUUGCUGUUGAGCGCAACAGAAGAAAACAAAUGAAUGAGUAUCUUUCUGCCCUUCGAUCUAUAAUGCCCGAUUCAUAUGUUCAAAGGGGUGACCAAGCUUCAAUCAUUGGGGGUGCUAUUAACUUUGUAAAGGAGCUAGAGCAACAGGUUCAAUUACUUGGCGCUCAAAAGCAGAACGAUUACAGUUCGGAUUUGCCUUUCUCAGACUUCUUUAGCUUCCCACAAUACUCAUCAUCAACAGCUAGUUCUAGCACUAGUACGGCUCAUCAGACUAGUCAUGAAAAUCGAUACGAUUCUGAUCAGACGCCGUUCGUUGAUGAGCCCAAGUACGCCGCGGAUAUGAAUGUGAGGGUUGCAGCAGCAGCAGACAUUGAGGUGACUAUGGUGGACAGCCAUGCAAACCUUAAGGUCAGAUCCAAAAGGGUUCCAAAGCAACUCCUGAAGUUUGUUUCUGGGUUGCACACACUGCGGCUAACCAUUCUUCACCUCAAUAUUUCUACUGUUGACGACAUUGUCCUCUAUUCUCUUAGUGUCAAGGUAGAAGAGGACUGCGCGUUGAAUUCAGUGGAUGAAAUUGCGACAGCUGUGUAUCAGAUUCUAGCUAGGAUUCAGGAAGAGGCUAUGUUGCUCUUCAAUUGAUCAUUGGUUCUUCAUCAUCAUCAAAUUAAAAUUCCCUCCUUUCUAGUUCAAAUUAUUAAUUUAUGAAUUUAUCCUUUAAAUCAAGCCUUAAA